AUGUGGACGUCCCUGCUUAAGGUGGCGGCGCUGGCCGCCCCUGUCGCCGCCGUCACGCAGAUCAGCGACGAUGACAUGAACACGCUGCUGAGCUCGAACAGUGUGGAUCUUGCCAAUCGCUAUGCCCCUAUCUGGUUCUUUGGCCAGGCCAUGGACCAGCCACCGUGCUAUCCGACCUGGGCGUUUGGAGGCUCACCCUCAACCCCAGACAAGUAUGACGACGCCCAUAAGACGCCCGCGGCGCCCCAGUGCGAGUAUCCCAACGUCGGAUGUAACUGCCGGAACCCGGGGGUCGACAUAGGUAACCCCGGUCCGCCGUUCCCCAUCUACUACACCUUCGGCAAGUGUAAUGACACCGAGGUGCGCGUCGUCUACAACCUUUUUUACGAGAAGGACGGGGCGAUUGUUGCCGAUCUCGUCAAUACUGGCCAUGACUAUGACUGGGAGCGUAUCAUCAUCAUCCACUCCCGCGACGAUAACAACAUGUGGGCGCCCUCGCGCGCUCUGUAUUCCGCCCACAGCGGCUACAACAGCUACGCCUGGGGCGAUAUCCAGAAUACCCUAACUACGGACCAGGUGAACGCGGGUGAUGCCAAAGACCCCAAUGGCGUGCGGAAUCAGGACCACCCCAAGGCCUACGUCGGUUGGUCCAAGCACCCUCACUUCGACGACCGGAACACCGGCUACAACGACCCUGCCAGUCAGUCCCUGGACAAUGCUUUCCGCAGCGACGACUGGUGGUACUAUGUUGAUCCCCAGUACUAUGUAUGUCGAUGCAAUCCCUGUUGGUGCCCGCAGAUCAUUUCUAACGCAAGCCAGAUUCUUGCCGACAACACGACUGCUGCUGGACAGGCUGUCGGCUCUGCUGACUGGGGCAGUGCUGAUAGCAACCCUCCCAAGGUGCAGGCUGGGGUCUGUGAUGCGUCUUAA